AACAACGAUAUUUACUAAGUUUACUACUUAGUCAUGGCGUCUAGUCUUGGUUUAGCAGAUUUACGUGUUCAAAUCCAAUGUCGGCAGACUCAGUCAAUCAAAUCCCAAUCCAAUCCGUUGUGGCGUGCACCUUCUGCUUCUGCCCUUCUGCCGUGAAAGCGUGUUUCUCUUUGCGGCGUGCGUUCAGGCGUACUGUAGCAGGGCCAACAUGGGAAAGGCUAGCAGAAUCAAAGUAGGCAAAACUCCGCGUAAUGUUCCCCUCGACGAACAGAUGAAAGAUGACGUGAAGCCAGGAAAACUUAGGAGCAAAGUUCGCCACCGGCAAGACGACGACGAAAUGUAUGUGGAUGACAAGUUGACGAGAAGGAUCUUGGACCAGGCACGGAAACAGCAGGAGGAUCUUGAAGAGGAGCAUGGGCUUGGACCUAGCUGCAGUUCGACGGCGAAAGAGAAGGCGGCGCCCCAGGUCAAGCUUAAGGUGCAGGCGCCAGGAGCAGACUCUAGCGACGACGAGGAGUUGGACGACGUACCUGAGGACGACUCUUACUACGAAACAAUCGAGGUGGACGAAGCGGACGAAAAAGCGCUGGAGAUGUUCAUGAGUGAAAACAAGGAGGCACGGCGCACCCUCGCAGACAUCAUCAUGGAGAAGCUAAAGGAACACGAAACUGAGAUACAGUCGCGGUAUUCAGAUGCAGGGAGCAUUCAGAUGGCCGACCUCGACCCAAAAGUGGUGGAGAUGUUCCGUGGAGUCAAAAAGGUGCUGAGCCGCUAUCGCAGUGGCAAGCUCCCCAAGGCCUUCAAGAUCAUCCCGGCACUUUCGAACUGGGAACAGGUCCUGUACCUGACAGAUCCGGACUCCUGGUCUUCCGGAGCCAUGUACCAGGCAACUCGCAUCUUCGCGUCCAACCUCAAGGACAAGAUGGCACAGAGGUUCUACAAUCUGGUCCUCUUGCCACGGGUGCGUGACGACAUCUCAGAGUACAAGAAGCUCAACUACCACCUGUACCAGGCUCUACGCAAGGCGCUGUUCAAGCCAGGAGCUUUCUUCAAGGGCAUAGUCCUUCCCCUCUGUGAGUCCGGGACGUGCACGCUGCGGGAGGCCAUCAUUGUGAGCAGCGUGCUGAGCAAGAACUCGGUGCCGAUGCUUCACGCCUGCGCCGCCAUGCUGAAGAUUGCCGAGAUGGACUACACGGGUGCAAACUCCAUCUUCCUCAGGGUGCUGCUGGACAAAAAGUACACCCUGCCCUUCAGGGUGAUAGACGCCAUCGUCUACCACUUCCUCAGGUUCGAGCGGGACAAGCGGGAGUUGCCCGUGUUGUGGCACCAGUGCCUGCUGACUUUCUGCCAGCGCUACAAGGGGGACAUCUCCUCGGAGCAGAGGGACGCCCUCCUUGCACUCCUCCGGGUCCAGACCCACCACAGCAUAACGCCCGAGGUGCGCUGGGAGCUCCAGCACUCCCAGUGUCGCGACGCUGAGGUGCAGCCGCCCGAGAGGGAAACGCCGGUCGAGCUCGACUGAGCGCCGCUCCCCCCAACCCGCCUGUAGUAAAGCAAUUGUUUCGAGAACCUCUGUUCCUUGUGCACCUUAUCCACGGUCGCUCGUGAUUAGCUACAACUCGCAGAGUUGUCUCGGUGCAUUAUUGAAAGAUGUUCCGAACUUCGUUGGUUUCUGAAAGAAGGCUCGCGCGGCAUCAUUCUACGUCGCACAUGGGUAUGUCGCUGCCUGUUUGCGGUUGAAAAUAUCGAAAAUAAAUUUGAGCUUCGUAAAGGAU